AUUACAUUAACCUCAUAAUAAACAGUUUACUUGGAAUUGUGUUUGAAUCGAAUAUGCAAAAUUGAAUAACAUAAUAUGGAAAGUUACAAAAUAACUGGAAGGGCGGGCGAGGGGGCUCACGGAUGCGUCUAUAAAGGUUUAGACAAAAGGUCCGAUAAAAUUGUCGCAUUGAAAAAAAUCUCCAUUAAUACUGAGUUAGGUAUUCCUAAAAAUACUGUUAGGGAAAUGUGUGCUUUACGAGCAUUAAAGGCCAAAAAUAUAGUAAAACUGUUUGAAAUAACUAGCAUGGGCAGCUCCGUUGUAUUUAUAAUGGAGUUUCUGCCGUGCAGCCUUCAGGAAAUUUUAAAAACUACCAAACUGUCUGUUCCACAAACAAAAUCCUAUUCAAAAAUGAUUUUAAACGGAGUGGAUUUUAUGCAUAGCAAUCAUAUAAUGCAUAGAGACAUUAAGCCAGCAAAUCUGCUUAUUUCCCCUAAAAAAAUAUUAAAAAUAGCAGAUUUUGGCCUAGCAAGAAUUUACAAUCAGCAAGAGCCGUUGAGACAAUAUUCCCAUCAGGUCGCUACGAGGUGGUACCGCGCACCAGAGUUGUUAUAUGGGUCUAGAACAUAUACACCUUCUGUAGAUGUGUGGUCUGUAGGCUGCAUUAUUGCUGAAAUGAUUAAUACAACGCCGUUGUUUCCGGGAGAGACAGACAUAGAGCAACUAGCAAUUGUUCUAAGCACCCUAGGUACGCCCACUAAGGAGUCUUGGCCUGAUUUACCACAGCUGCCUGAUUACAAUAAAAUUUCCUUUAUCUCUAGCCCCGGAAAACCUUGGAAGCGUAUAAUACCGGGAGCGGAUUCUUCAACAUUGGAUCUAUUAAAGAAAAUUAUUAUUUAUGAUGGUCGUAGGCGACCUACUGCUAAACAGUGUCUUUCACAUCAGUUUUUUAGAGAUAAUCCAAGACCAGCGAAGCUCAAAGAUAUGCCUGAUCCUAAAGAACAUGCCGAAGAAGUGGUGAGCUUCAGUGAUUUUGAUGAAAUCAUAAAAGAAAUAAAUAAAAUAUGAAUUAUUGU